GGCGCGGAGUGGACGCUGGACCUGCGGGAGGGCAAGGGCACGCUGGUCAAGGGGCCGCCGCCCGAGAAGGCGGACAUCACGCUGACAAUCAAGGACGGCGACUUUGUGAGGAUGGUGGGCGGCAAGCUGGGCCCGCAGCAGGCCUUCCUGAUGCGUAAGCUCAAGAUUGCGGGCAGCAUGGCGCUGGCGAUGAAGCUGCAGCCAAUCCUG